GAAAUCCCCUGUUUAAAGAGGAAUGUCCAGUAUGGUAGCAGCCUUCGAGUGGGCUGUUCUCAGAUAGCGCACAAGCCUCGACGCGACGGUUAAACCUAAUACUGUUUACACGGAGGAACCAUGUCCGGUUUAACUGGCUGCCCAGCACUGACAGGCCACUUCAGCACCAGCCCACUGAGUGAAGUAGCCUGCAGGACGUUGUGGACUAAGAUGCAGCCAGAGGAACGCGUCAGACUGCUGAAAUCAGAAGAGAUUAAACAUGAGAAUUUGGUGGAACCAUAUUGUUGCCCGGACUGUGGGAAGAGUUUCAGACAGGAGAAUCAUCUGAAAUCUCACCAACGCACUCACGCUGUGGAGAAGUCAUUCCAGUGCUCAGAGUGUGGGAGGACAUUUAAUCGACAUAGCGGCCUCCAACGACACCAACGCAUUCACACAGGAGAGAAGCCGUUUCAGUGCACAGAGUGUGAAAAGGGUUUUAUUGACAAAGACACUCUGAAAAAACACCAGCGCAUCCAUACAGGAGAGAGGCCGUUUCACUGCUCGGAGUGUGGAAAGAGUUUUAGAGACAGCGAUACUCUCAAAAAACACCAGCGCACUCACACAGGAGAGAAGCCCUACUGCUGUACAUGCUGUGGAAGGAGUUUUAGUAGAUACAGUGGUCUCCAACUACACCAGCGCACUCACACAGGAGAGAAGCCCUAUGUCUGCUCAGACUGUGGGAAGAGUUUUAAUCAACAGACUAAUCUCCAAGUGCAUCAGCGCAUUCACACCGGAGAGAAGCCGUAUCGCUGCUCGCAGUGCGGGAAGAGAUUUAGUGACGGCAGUCAUUUCAGAAAACAUCUGAUUCUUCAUUCAGGAGAGAAACCGUACGCCUGCCCGGAGUGUGGGAAGGGUUUUAAUCAACAUGGUAGUCUCCAACAGCACCAGCGCACUCACACAGGGGAGAAGCCCUAUCACUGUACAGAGUGUAAUAGGAGUUUCAAUCGACCGGGUGUUCUCCGACAACACCAGCGCAUUCACACGGGGGAGAAACCAUAUCAGUGCUCAGAGUGUGGCAAGAGUUUUAAUCACCGGAGUAACUUCCAGCUCCACCAGCGCAUUCACACAGGACAGAAGCCGUAUUACUGCUUAGAGUGUGGGUUGACUUUCAGUCGGCUGGGUGUUCUCCAACAGCACCAGCGUGUGCACACCGGAGAGAGGCCGUAUCUUUGCUCUGAGUGCGGGAAGAGCUUUAACCACCCGAGCAAUUUCCGACUCCACAAGCGCAUUCACACAGGAGAGAAGCCGUAUCUCUGCUCGGAGUGUGGCAUGACAUUUACUCAGCUGUAUAAUUUCCAACAACACCAGCGAGUUCACACCGGAGAGAGGCCGUAUUACUGCUCUGAGUGCGGGAAGAGCUUCAAGUAUUCAAAAAGUUUAAAGAUGCACAAGUGCAUGAAGAGUGAGGAGGACAACUCCGUAACUGUUGUUCUUGAACCUGAUUACUGUGAAGAAGCAGAAGAUCUGGCUCAGAGUAGCAGUCCACACCUUCACGCUCCCACAGAGGAGGGAGAAACACAGGAGCUGGACUAUCUUCUGGAUCCGGAUGAAGUUCUGAGUGAAAGCUGGUAUGUUUGGGAGGUUUCUGCUGAUUGGCCAGUGGACUAUGAUGUGGACUCCUCCUGCUCCUGUUGUGCAUUCUCAGUACGUUCAAAUAGACUUCCAAACACAUUGGGAGUUGGCACCCAAAGGGAUAUGUCAGUACUGAAAACAGGAGAGAUUAAACGUGAGAAUGCGGUCUUCAGAAGCUGUUCCAGUUCUCAGCAACCAUCUUUCAGCACUCUCCAAACCACCACCUCUUCCACACAAACGGAGAAAAGUACUGCCACGGGAUGUUUUAAUCAGCAGAGUGCUUCCCAACUACAUCAUCGCACUUUUACAGAAGAGAAACCACAUCAGUGCUCAGAGUGUGGAAAGCGCUUUACUUAUCAUAGAAGCCUCGAAAGACACAAGCGCACUCACACGGGAGAGAAACCGUAUCAGUGUCCGGACUGCGGGAAGAGUUUUUAUCGAGGGAGUCACCUCCAGACGCACCAGCGUGUUCACACAGGAGAGAAGCCGUAUCACUGCUCGGAGUGCGGGAGGAGUUUUAGUCAUCUGAGAAGUCUCCAAAGACACGAGUGCAUUCAAACAGAGCACAAAUCACAUCAGUGCUUAGACUGCGGGAAGAGUUUUACUCACCUGAGUAAUCUCCAGACACACCAGCGCAUUCACACAGGAGAGAGACCGUAUCAGUGCUCAGAGUGUGGAAAGACUUUUAACGACCACGGUAAUCUCCAGGCACACCAGCGCACUCACAUGGAAGAGAAGCCAUAUUGCUGCUCAGAGUGUGGAAGAGGCUUUACUGUGUACGGGCUUCUCCAAAGGCACCAGCAAAUCCACAGAGGAGAGAAGGAGCAUCACUGUCCAGAGUGUGGCAAAAGCUUCAGUUGUCAGAGAAGCGUCCAGAGACACCAGCUUGUUCACACAGGAGAGAAACCGUAUCAGUGCUCAGAGUGUGGGAAGAGUUUUAAUAACCAGAAUAAUCUCCAGGUGCACCAGCGGAUUCACACCGGAGAAAAGCCAUAUGAGUGUUUGGAGUGUGGCAAGACUUUUAAUAACCAGAAUAAUCUCCAAGUGCACCAGCGCAUUCACACAGGAGAGAAGCCGUAUGUCUGCUUCCAGUGUGGAAAGAGUUUUGGAGAUAGAGGUGCGUUCAAAGCGCACCAGCGCACUCAUUCACUAGAGAAGCCGUACCACUGUUCAGAGUGCGGGAAAGGUUUUAAAGAGAAGGGGACCCUCAAAAGACACCAGCGUAUCCACACAGGAGAGAAACCCUUUUGCUGUUCAGACUGUGGAAAGAGUUUUAGAGACAGAAGUACACUGAACACACACCAGCGCACUCACACUGGAGAGAAACCCUAUCAGUGCUCACAGUGUGGGAAGAGCUUUACUGUGCACAGUAGUCUCCAGCUACACCAGCGCAUUCACACAGGAGAGAAGCCGUAUCACUGCUCAGAGUGUGAGAAGAGCUUCACCUUACAAAGUCAUCUACAGAGACACCAGCAAAUCCACACAGGAGAGAAGCCGUAUCACUGCUCAGUAUGCCGGAAGAACUUCCGGCAUUCAAGUACUUUAAAGAUACAUAAGUGCGCCCCUAUGAGGGAUGGUGAUAAUUCUGUAACUGUGGUUCUUGAACCUGAUUCCAGUGAUGAAGCAGAAGAUCCAGCUUUGAUCAGCAUUCCCACAAAGGUUUUGAAGGAAGAGCACCAUUUAGAAUAGGAAAUCGUCCAACUUAUUCACAUUUAUUUGUUGUGACAAUAAGAGAUCAUGCAUUAACAGGAUGUACGAGCAGAAGUUAAAUUAGGAUUUGGUAGGUGGAGGAGCUCUACUUCUUUCUUUGUUCUCACUGAGAGUUUCUAACAUGAAAUGAUGAAAACAGAGGCACCUGGAACAGCUUGCAAACUGGAAAAAUUGACUUGUUAAACUGUUCACACUAUACCGACGGUUGUCUUGAAUAUGCAGUCACAAAUCCCAAAAAUGAUGAGAUGUACACCAGUACAAGUGCCAUGCAAAAACGUUAUAAAGGUUGGAGUGUAAAGCUGUUUAUGGGUUAUCUGUCAGUGCACAUGAUCGCAUUGAGGAGGGAAAUGGGUUUUAAUAAGACUGUUACUUGGAUUGUUUGUUACAUUCAAUUUCACACUCAUGUUUUAGAUUAAUUUGUGCCGUCACUUGAUUCUUAGUUUUUUUUCCUGCCUUGUACUGCUUUUAUUUAUUGUUUAUAAAUGUUAUUCCUUUAUAUUAUUGAAUUCUUGCAAUCAAUAUGAUUGAACAUGCUCUUGUAAUGCUUAUAAGUGAUUUCUAUUAAAUUCUAUAAUGUUUUGAUUUGAA